UGUCUAUAGUAAAUAGAUUAGUAUUUAACUAAUAAUUUACUACUUUCAACCAUGUUGUAAACGACGGUCAUGUUGAAGAAAUAAGUAAACUAAAACCGGAAAGUAUGGACAGUAAAAUAAAAUUGGGAAUCUUGAUUCAAUUUGGAUUCUUCUUAUGCGUGAACAGUGAACAUUUUGAGUUUGGCGACAAGGGCACAGCGUGUAUAUUACUAGAUAUUGACGCUUCCUUUAACCUAACAUACAAUGAUGGAACAACUUUUGAGGCGGCCGAUAUAUUCGACUUAAAUGGAGCUACUGUAGUUGAUAGAUCCAGUUUGUGCAGUGACUCACUCUUUAAAAACAACUCUCUUUUGAUGGUUAGUCUUUUUCCGUCAGGAGAGCACGUGGAGUUUUCGUUCAGACGACAAUUUGGCGACAUACUUAUGCACGUUGCUUUAUUUCUAAACCCCGGCAAACAUUUUAUGAAUAUUAACAAUACUUUACCGGUUGAAAUGAAAGACUACAUGGGUUUGAAUGUUGGCAAAAUGACGUCAAGUAACAACUCCUUUGAAUGUCAUACCGCGCAAGACCUUCAUUUCCGGUUCAAUGCUCCAUUUGACAUGACCAUGACCAUAUCAAAUAUCACAGUUCAGGCAUAUUCCGUAACUAACAGUACGUUUGGACCAGCAAAAGAAUGUAAACAGGAUUUGAUGACAACUACAGAGCCUUCCGAUAUAACCACAGUAACGGAGCCAAGACAAACCACAUCCGAACCUUCUGAAAUAACUACAGCAACGGAGCCAAGACAAACCACAACCGAACCUUCCGAUAUAACCACAGCAACGGAGCCAAGACAAACCACAACUUUUGAACCAGAUUCAACCACAUGGCAUUCCCACACAACUGAACCGCCGAUGAAAACAAGCACAGAACCCAAUGUCGACACGACCGAGUCACAUACUACGUCAAGUGCAACUACUGUACCAAUAACAACAAAACCAAGGCCUACAACUCGUCCUAAAUUCAUUGUAAAAAACAAUGGCACUGUCUGCAUUGUUAUUGAAGGAUUUAUAAUGUUUGAUAUACCAUAUAAGAAGAAAGAUAACACGAAUGGUAUCAGUUCAAACAUAACGGUGCCAAAUGAUGCAGAUAUAAAGGGAAAUUGUCACUUAAAUACUUCAGCCCAGGAGAUAACCAUCACAUUCUUCGACGCAUCAUGGGUUCUGGAUAUCAUCAUAAUGAAAGGUGUGGGGCUAGAGGUAGGAGACCGACUCGAGGGAGAUGGUAAUACAUACACCUGGAACAAACUGAACUUAUCGUAUACUGUUGACAGCCAUUUCCCUGAAGCAGAAAACCCUGAAAGUAAAGAGAGUGUUACAACCUCUGGAGCUAUUGCCAAUUUAAAAGUAAAUACAGAUGGUUCGUUUAAAUGCAAUGCCGAAGAAGACAUCAAUGUAGACAAAGAUACACGUAUGAAACUCAGUGAUCUACAGUACAGGGCUUUUGGUAAAACGGGCACAUCGGAUUUUACAAACAAUGAUGUGACUGAGUGUGCCGCAGAUCAUCAUCCUAGCGGCGGAGGCGGUGGCGGCGAUGGUAAUGGCAAGUUGGGUAUCAUCCUCGGCUGUGUGUUUGGUGGUUUAGCUGUUAUCAUACUUGUUGUUGGCGCUGUUCGCUAUCGCAGAAAGACUGGAAAUGUCAGUACAGGAGCCAAUUAUGACCCUAUAACCUAAAAUUAUGCUUAUUAUUUAAAUUUAUACAUGUACGUAGUUAGUUCGAGUCUUUGAACAAAAACAAAACUAUACAACACCACACAAAUUUGAUAUCUUAUUGUAUACAAAUCAUGACGUUUUAAUGAAAUCAGUAAAAAAAUCGUUUCUCUAUCAUGCUUUUGAAAAAAGAAAAACACAAAAAAGUAACAGGACGUUACGUGUAGAUGUUUAACAGAACUAUUGAGAGACUACUAGAUAGCGUUAUAUUUUACAUAUCUCUUUCACUUUCGUUUGUAAAAUUAUACAUAUGUAGUAAAAUCUGAAAAGUGUUACUUCAUUUGGCACGUUUCCAUCAUGGACCAGAGUCGCAAUACUAAUAUAUUCCGUUCUGUCCAGCUCUUUGUUUAAAAUUUAUAGCUUUUUGUGUUGAGCUUAUUGUCGUAUUUCUGCUUCUUUAUGCCUUUUUCUUAAGAAAGAACGACAUAAAAGGGUGACAAUACAGCGCAUAAAAUAUGUCGUGUUGUUUUCGUAUUUCACAUUUGUGAUUCCUUUUUCGGAAUUUUGCAGGUGCGCCUCAGUCACACAUAAUUAUGCUUGAACAAUAAUAUCAGUAUGAAAUUUACUCGCUUUAAUUUUGGCAAGAUAUUUCUAGAUAGGGUCGAUUUGCUCAAAUGAUAUGAUAACUUUACAUUGACAUUAUUUACGUUGUUCGAUUCUAUAUUAGAUCCAGUAUAUUGUAAUUAAAGAUGUAACAUAGAGUUAAGUGAAGUUUUAUAUACGUAUAUAAUUAUUCCUCUAAAACAAUAUCCAAACAUCCAAGAAUAGGUU